AUGAUUGACAUGAGCUCAGAAGAUGAAGAUUAUUCUGAGAUUCUGUCCCCAAUCGGCGAAAAAUGCAUGGUCGGGGAGAAUUAUAGAUUUCUUGCAAACUCGAUUUUUGAUUUCAACCGCGAAAAAUCGAGGGAAAUGACGGUUGAACGCUCAAAAUGGAUCGCCACUGCAAAAGGGCUUUCAAUCGCGUUACUUGGUGCUGGAGUUGGGUACGGCUGUCAGUCUGUUUUCGUCAAUCAACUUGCUCAACAGGAUCCACCGAUCAAUGCUAUGGAAUCGCUAUUUUUCCGCUCUGCCUUUCAGACUGGGGUUAAUAGUGUUCUUCAUAAACAUGUCAAUUCGUGGCUGCAAUUAUCAUAA